AUGGCUGAUUUUUUUUUGGUCCUACCACCAGUGACAAGGGACAAAGCUGUCAUUUGGGGGAAAAAUUCUCAGAGACCAGCUACAGAAGCACAGGAAGUGAUGUACAGGCCAGCUAAAAGAAACACAAAUGCCACAAAAGUUACAUGCACAUACAUUGAGGUAGAUGAGGUGGAGAGGACAAAUGCUGUAAUCCUCAGUAAGCCUGCGUGGAUGUGGGGGGCAGAAAUGGGCUCCAACAACCAAGGAGUGUCUGUUGCUAUGGCUCCCAUCUGGACUAAAGUGAAUGGGCCAGGUGACCUUGAGGAGCGAUUACUUGGUCAGGACCUGGCAAGGCUUGCAUUAGAGAGAGCUAAUACAGCCCACGAUGCAGUAUUGGUAAUCACUAAACUCCUGUCUCAGUAUGGCCAGGGAGGAGCAGGGUGUGAGGAGACACAGAAAUGGGGACAUCAUAAUAGCUUCCUGAUUGCAGAUAAAACAGAGGGGUGGAUCUUGGAAACAGCAGGAAAAUAUUGGGUGGCCAAAGUGAUCAGAGGUCUUAGUCUUAUCUCUUAA